UCCUGCAGCUCAUUUUACUCCGGUGCUGGCAAUGCGAUUUUCCAAUAUGGCAGAUGUGAAAGGGCUGUAUUAGUAAACUGCACAGGAAGAAUGAGAGAAGUUUCAAUGCUAGCACAGGAAUAAAAAAAAAAAAUCUCUUGACAAAAACGGUUGGCAGCGAGAAGCAAGUUGAGAACCAGACACAUGAUUAGAAAAAUCAGUCAUUAUACAGUACACAAACGGUACAACGUAAUAAAGCUGCCCUACCUAGUUCAACAACUAAAGUGUUUUUUUUUUAAUGACAUUAUUUAAUUUCGUGUUUUGUGGCUUCUGUUGUUUCGACUCUCCCGUGAUGUGCGCUGCUGUGCCCCGGGAGCGCCUCAUUGCUGCUUCCCGACAGUACCUUCGCACAGGGAAGAAAGGCUUGCCUCCCGCCGUCAGCUUGAACCUCGCCGCCCAAAUCCUCGCUGUGGAUGCGGGGUUAAAACCCGCCUUGCUUUACGACUGCAACACCGCCGGAGCUGAGCAAAUGCGACUUUACCUCCAAACGCUGCUGGAUACGGGCUUCUUAAAUCAACCUCCAUACGUCUUGGACAUAGAUGGCAGCGUCUUUAUCAUCAACACGCAGCUUACAAUCCGUCGGUUAGAAAACAUACCGCUUAAAAAACAAGCAACGGUCAUCGACGUGUCCCGGUGUCGGGGUCAGCCUGCCGUGGCGGACGCGGGCGUCAGAAGAGCCGUUGAGGGACGAGUAACGGUUUUUGUGGAUUAUUUAAAAAAUUUGAACUGGGACGGCAAGCUGGGCGUGGCCCCGAGCGCGCGUCUCCCAGAAGAGUUGACCUCCAGAUGGAACCUGUGCACACUCUUCGGUUUGUUGCUAGGCUACCCGGCGGCCUACUGGUUUGAUAACGAGAGAAGCUUUGAGAAUUGCCUGAGCAUGACCCCGCUUCGUGUCACCUCCGUGUCCGCCGCCUGCCCUUUGAUUACAGGGGGGCCUCCGGUCCGGCUGUACUCGUUCACUAUCCCCGAGGCUCUUGGGACGGAGACGCAGGGCUUAAUGGACACCUGGACCCAGGAUCUAGAAGACGAGUUCCGACAGCAGUCCGUUUUUACACACCUGAGCAUCAAUACUGAGACGGUUGCUUUACCAGCAGUAGCUCUGUGAAAGGAAGGGAUGUGAGCCACGCAGGUCGAAAAACAAGGAUUCCUUAAAUUAACUCGAAGCCUACAUGGUUUAAUUCGAGGUCUCAAACGUUUACACUUUUAUUUUUUCCUUUUUAGCACAGGAAUGGAAAUGGACUCCUAUUGCAUAGCAGUGUCACCAUUUCCAGCUUGAUUAGCCACACAGUGUGUAGGUAACAAGCUCAGGUGUGUCAACUUCAUAGUAAAACCAGUACAAUAAUAAAAUCAGAAGACUGCG